UUUAGCAUCACACAUACUCUCUCAGCUAGGGUUUUUCACUCUCUCUGUAACGAUGUCUGUCCAACGCCUCCUACUCCGAUCCCUCCGCCGUUCCUCUUCCCUGACCGCGGCCGCCACCUCCACAAGCCAAACCCUAAUCCACCAACAGCCCCAGCCAACCCUCGUCCCUAUCCGCACCUUCGCCUUCUCCUCCGCUGAGGAGGCCGCGGCGGAGCGGCGCCGCCGAAAGAGGCGCCUUCGAAUCGAGCCGCCGCUCCACGCCCUCCGGCGCGACCCCUCGGCCCCGCGGCCCCGGCCGGACCCCAACGCCCCGCGGCUGCCGGACUCCACCUCCGCCCUUGUCGGGCCACGCCUCAACCUCCACAAUCGUGUCCAGUCUCUAAUCCGCGCCGGCGACCUCGAUCUCGCCUCCGCCACCGCCCGCCAAUCGGUGUUCUCCAACACCCGCCCCACCGUCUUCACCUGCAACGCCAUAAUCGCUGCCAUGUACCGUAACAAGCGCUUCGAUGAUGCCAUCGCCCUCUUCCAAUUUUUCUUCAACCAGUCCAACAUCGUCCCCAACAUCGUUUCCUACAAUGUCCUCAUCAACACUCAUUGCGAUGCCGGUCGUGUCGAUGUUGGCCUCGAUAUCUACCGCCAUAUCCUCGCCAAUGCCCCCUUCAGCCCCUCGCCGGUGACCUACCGCCACCUCACCAAGGGGCUGAUCGAUUCAGGGCGAAUCGGCGAGGCUGUGGACCUCCUUAGGGAGAUGUUGAACAAGGGGCACGGUGCGGAUUCUCUGGUUUACAAUAACUUGAUUUCGGGCUUUCUGAAUUUGGAGAAUGAGGCUAAGGCCAUUGAGUUGUUUGAUGAGCUAAAGGAGAGGUGUCUAGUGUAUGAUGGGGUUGUGAAUGGGACAUUUAUGGAUUGGUAUUUUACUAAGGGGAGGGAAAAAUGUGCGAUGGACUCAUACAAAUCAUUGCUUGAUCGUCAAUUUCGGAUGACACCGGUAACUUGUAAUGCCCUGUUAGAGGUGUUGCUCAAGCAUGAUAAGAAGGCGGAGGCUUGGGCAUUGUUUGAUCAAAUGUUGGAUAAUCAUACUCCCCCGAAUUUCCAGGCUGUGAAUUCGGAUUCUUUUAGUGUUAUGGUGAAUGAGUGUGUGAAGUUGGGGAAGUUUACGGAGGCUAUUGAGGUGUUUAAGAAGGUGGGCAAGAAGCAGGGGUCCAAGCCUUUUGCAAUGGAUGUUGCAGGGUACAAUAACAUUAUUGCAAGGUUUUGUGAGAAUGGGUUGUUGUCCGAGGCAGAGCAGUUGUUUGGAGAAUUGUCCACAAAGUCAUUGACUCCAGAUGUUAAUAUUUACCGGACAUUUAUAGAAGCUUAUUUUGGAAUGGAGAGAGCUGAUGAUGCUUUGCAGAUGUUUAACAGGUUUGUGGAUUCUGGCUUGAGAGUGAUUGUGAGCUUUGCAAACAAGGUAUUCGAUGAAUUGGUGAAUAAAGGUAAGGCUGGGGAAUGUGUGCCGGUUUUGACUAAAAUGGGAGAAAAAGAUCCAAAACCAGACCCCACAACAUAUGAGAUUGUGAUUAAGGGGCUUUGCAAGGAAAGAUUAUUUGAUGCUAGUAGGGAUUUAAUGGGGCAGAUGGUGAGAUAUAACAUUGGUGUUACUCCCUCGUUGCGGGAGUUUGUAGUUGAGGCUUUUGGGAAAGAAGGGCGAAGUGAAGAGAUUGAGAGGCUGUUAGAAGCAAAUAGGCCGGGAUUUGGUGCAUAUUGGCCACCAUCAGGUCCUCCUCGAAUGGCAGGACCCCCUCGAAUGGCAGGGCCUCCUCAAAUAGCUGGACCCCCUCAAAUGGCAGAACCCCCACGAAUGGCAGGACCUCCUCAAAUGGCAGAAGCCCCCCGGAUGGCAGAAUCCUCUAGAAUGGAAGAACCUCCUCAGAUGGCAGGACAGGCAUCGGCAUAAUUUUUAGAUCCAUUUGUGGAUUGAAUUUUUGCCCUCCCAUCCUAAUUUUGAUCUGGAGAAGGAAAAUCCUACAUGAUUGCCAGGCAAUUUCUCUCAUAGCACAAGUCUCAGGUUGGCAACUUCACAGAUAUAAUCAUGAGGUGUCUGGGGGCUAGUUAUAUGGGAUCUUCAGUAUACACCUAAAACUUUGGUUUUUUUUAAGCAGAAUGUUUCAGGAGUAGGAAGCGCAAGGAGUUCUAUGAAUAACGAUUUGGAAGCAUGAAGUAGUUUUAUCUUCAGAAGUUGGCAUCAAUUUAUUAGCUUCAUCCAUUGUAUUUUUAAGUAGGUUGAAGGGAUAGCAUCAACUUAACAAAAGGCUUUGUACUUUUAUCCUGAUCUGUCAGUAUUUUUUAAGUAGAUUGAAGAUAUCACAUUAUUUCAGUGAAAUGCCUUUAUCUUCAUCCGUUGUGUUUUCAAGAGGUUGAAGAGAGAGCACGAACAUAAAACAAAAUACUUCUAUCUUCAUCAGUUGCAUUUUUAAUUAGGUUGAAGAGAUGGGAUCAGUUGUGAUAUGUGCCUGCUCAUUUGUUAAUGUGGUUGAACUGGAUUUUA